AGUAGUCCGCCCACAGUUCCUCUGCCAAAGCAUUUUGUUUCUCCUCCCCUUUCCCUGUCGGUGAUGGGCUGGGCAUGAAUCUUAAUGAAAGGAAAGGGCAAGCCCAAUCUGUAGUGCCACGUGGUAUAAAAGCUGAAAUCUCAGUACCAGUAAACCUCAGACAGGAACACUCUGAGAUGACUAAAAACCUCACUACUUAGCGGUCCCACCCUGGGAGUGUCGCAGAUCUUCUUUCUUACAAGUGGGUGGCAGCACCAGGUUGCUCCUGCAGCCCUCAAGACUCUAUUGUGAGGCUUCUGAGGAGAGUCGCUCACGGUUCUAUCUCAUCACUGGCUCUGCUCUUCUCCGACUCAGCACACAGAAGAGCCAUGGGAAACCUUGAAGGACACCUGCUGUCAGGAUUUGGCCUCCUCGUGUACGCAGUCUAUUAUUCCUGGCUAAUGUCCUUGGCCCUGCUCCGGAAACAGACGGUGCUCAAGCACCCCUUGCUCCGAUGGAAGCCGAUGUGUCGCGGGCGGGUUUUGCAGGUUUCCUAUGAAGCAGUGAUAAAGGUGGUUAUCCCCACUUUUGCCAUCAUUGGUGAAUACUUCUACCCCAUAGGGGUCAACAAACUGCAGAUGAUAGACUGGGAGGACCCUCGGCGGCUGUUCGUUUUCAAGGACACCUGGCAGCAUGUAACCAUGUUUGGGUUCUUUUUUCUCAGUGGCAUAGCAGGCAUUGUGAGCCAGGCACAACAGGCACGCUGGAGUGAGAGGCUGGAGCGCGCAGCUGAAGCCCUGGCUUUCUAUGUGGUGGCACUGAUGAUGAUAGCCCAUAUUGAAAACAAAAACGCCUUGGAGAUCCGAGUGCAUCUUCUGUUAGUGUUGCCUGCCUUCUUGCUUGCUCUAAUGCUCACUGUGGAGAUCUGGGUCCCUGACAAUGCCCCACUCUGGGUCCUCAAGUGCUGGAUAGGUCUGGUGUUAGGCACCUGGAUGAUGCAGAUCUGUGAGAUGUAUAUACCUUUCACUGGACAGCCCUGGAGGGCAGACAACCCUACAGACCUGGCAUUUGUAACCAUUUUCUUCUGCUGGCACUUGGUCUUAGGGGUUAUCUUGCUGGUUGCCAUCUAUGGCCUCUGUAGUCUCUGGCACCGUCACUAUUCUUCCUCGACAAAGACUCUUGGGGCUAGGUACCAGCGGUGUCUUAUGGAAUCCAGUGGUGAAGAACUAGAAAAGCUCACUGCAGAAGCUGUGCCACAGGAUGGAGGUGUGUAGGAACAGGAGCUGUCUCGAGUGUGCAUGUACAUCUUGGAGUUCGCAGCACAGCUUUCCAUCCUAGGAUCUAGCUUCCUUAUCCUCAAAUAAAUCUUGUAGCUCCGUGGAUAACGCCUUAGUUAUCACUUUGAUCCAUCCAGGUCAGUCUCCCAUCUGGUUCCUUAUCUAUACGGUUUCUGGUCAUUCAUAAGGAAAGAACAAAAUGGUGCUUUUCUGUAAUGGCUUUUGGUAAAUUUUCUUAUUAAAAAUAAAAAAAGAAAAGAAAGA